CAAACUAUCUCAAUUUUAUUCCAACUCACAGGAGUCUUAACCUACCAUAAUAACCACCCCCAGUGAACGAUGGAAGGUACAUCUUUUCGGCUAUUUCGAGAUCUUCCUCCUGAAAUACAGGACGCCAUUUGGGAUGCCGCUGUUCGUCCAGCUACCAAAAGCCAUGUUCACUCGUUCAUCAUCGCUGAUCAUCACUGCCAAACUUUCGAUUCGGUUUCCGUUCCGGGGUUCUUCCUCCGAUUCGGAGCCUACGGGAAAGUGAACGGGGGCUUCAAACUCGCCGUCCCACACGAUGAUCCAAAUAGCGGCCCAAAUAGCUCCGUGUAUCUCUCGGAUAGCGGGCUUUGGAUGGCGUGCAAACAGUCUCGAGCUGCGAUGAACCGACGUUUUCCGAUGAAUGAGUGGUGGUCAGAGAUUCCCGGCAAAGGCCAGCCAGAGCGGAAGGCCCGAGCAGGAGAAUGCUUUGGCCAACAAAAUGUUGCCCACACCACUUCUUACAUCGACUCAAAUGCCCAGGUGCGGCACAUCACCAUCCAACCCGUCGAAGAUCUGUUCUACUUCAGCCCUCUCCAACUAGACUCGAUUAAUUGGUUUCAUCACUACGCAUUCAACGAUGUGCCGCUUAUUGAUUACCGAGGCUACAAUACCGCAUCGCCGGCGUCGAGUUUCCUGGGACUGCAUGUGGCGUUGGACUAUGAUCCGCUGAUGUUGGAGACGCUGGCUGGGCGGACGGUAAACUGCCCUCAUCGGCGUGUUACAUUCUCCACGACGUCCAUAGUUGACAUGGUGGAUGUGUUCCAUGAAUCAGCGGCACGGACAAUAUGGUUCAUCGACCACCGACUUAGACGCCUAGAGGGAACAUUAGAAAAUGAUGCAAAGACCGACGCUCAUUCUAGAAUGGGUUUGCUAACGGCCUCUGCUUCUAUUUCUCUCGGCGAUACGCAAGAUGGGCGGCGAGUCUUCUAUUCCAACGAUUGCGUGUUCACCGAAGUUCAGAGAGAGGACCACCUUUCCGAGUGGUUCAUGGGCGAGGAAAAUGGCCAUGGUACUGUCUUUGCAUUCUUUGACCUUCUUCAUCAAGUUGCCGGUGGCCGGCUAGAGGUUGAAGGCUCUGCUAGAAUGAAAGUCCUAGCAUGUGAGGUAGCACCAGGUGCGGCCCCGAGGCCUGCGACGGCGAGAACGGGGAGCGUUGUGUGUGUGGCUUGUGCUGAGGAAAAGCAAGAGACGUUGUUUCGCAAAACGGACCGUUUGAGAGAUGCUGAAUCAGACGAUGAUGGGUUCAGUUUGGAGGACUUUGCUCAUUUAAAUCUGCUAUAAUUUUCGAAGAUAAGCCGUUGCUGCGCUUUUCGUCUUUUGAGACGAGAAUGGAUCGCUGAAAACAAUAGGACUGAGUUAACGCAUUAUCUG